AUGGUGACCUACGACACCGUUGCUGGCGCCAUCAUACAGCUUCCAUCCACUUACAAAGGUGUUACCGGUGGUCUCUGUGGCAACUAUAAUGGCAAGAAGGAGGAUGACUUCCUGCUGCCCAGUGGGCUGCAGGAGCCGUCUGUGGAGAAGUUUGCAGCAGGGUGGUUGGUGGUUCAGGAAGGGGUCAAAUGUCAGACAGGAUGUGACGGUGGCUUGAAGUGUCCUCCCACCAGUGGACCCCCACCGGCUUGUAGCGUCAUGAAGUCAACCAAGGGUCCAUUUGCCCAAUGCCAUGCUGUUGUGCCACCACAAGAGCACUUUGAGGAGUGCAUGAAGGAGGGAGAGGGUGGGGAUGCCCUGUGCCGCCACUUACAGACAUAUGUGACUUUCUGUCAGGUAUCCGGUGGCCUUGUCAGCAGCUGGAGAUCUGACCAGUUUUGUCCUCUGACGUGUCCAGCUAACAGUCACUAUGAGUUGUGUGCCGACACCUGUUCUUCUACCUGUUACUCUCUCAGCGAGUCUCCAAAAUGCCCACUAUGCCAGGAGGGCUGCCAGUGUGACGACGGCUUUGUGUUUGAUGGUGGCAAGUGUGUCCUACUGGAGAACUGUGGCUGUGUGGUUGAUGGACACUAUUACAAGUCUGGCCAGUCUGUGAUCCUGGGAAACUGUUCUGAGACCUGCAGCUGUGCCGCAGAGUGUUCACCUGCAAGAACUCCCAGUGCAAAGAGGACCCCUGUGAGGACACUGAGUGCCGUGAGAGAGAAAAACUGUGUGGUGAUGAACAAUAGGCGAUAUGUGUGGCCCAGUCCAAGGCCACCUGCAGGGCUGUGGGGACCCCACUACCUCACCUUUGAUGGGGAGCGGUUUGACUUCCAGGGCACCUGCUCUUACGUCAUGGCCACGGUGAAUGGUGAGAAUGUCUACCUGCCUGUGACCCUGGUCGGAGGAAACCUAACGGUGGUGUAUAGUGCAGCUAUGCUGUUCUGA